CGCAAUACGGCCGUUAUGGCCGAUGACAACAGCAUUGUGUAUUGUAUUUGCAAGCAACCAUAUGACCCUGAGCAAUUCAUGAUAGAAUGCGACGUCUGCAAAGACUGGUUCCAUGGCAGCUGUGUCAACGUCCAGGAGCACGAGUCGUACGAUAUCGACGUAUACCACUGUGUAGAAUGCCAGAAAACACACGGACUACCAAAGAUGAAACCGAUGCAUAACUACCACAGGCACAACUACGCAGAUCCAUCAGAGAACUCGAAGGUGGUUCAGAGCGGUACUGCUAUAUUUGUUCACAACUUGAAGACUCGUAGGUUUUUUAAUGCAGAUGAAAUUGUGUGUCGCUAUCGUGGCUCUGACAUGACACUGGCACGGCUGAAGGCUCAAGGGUUCUCUCAACCUAUUAUUGUCGAUAAUCAGGAGGGUUUAGGACUUGUCGUACCGAACGAUUCAUUUGACAUUUUGGACGUAAAGCAGUUGGUUGGAGCUGACCGAGAACUGGAUGUCAUUGAUGUAGCUAGACAGUCGGACUCCAAGAUGAAACUCGUUGACUGGACAAACUAUUUACUGAAUCCAUCGAGAACAAAAGUUAUGAACGUCAUCAGUCUAGAAUUUAGCGAUACACCGUUAGCUGAUUUAGUAACAGCACCGAAGUGUGUUACUGAUCUUGACUGGGUAUCAUUGUACUGGCCAACGGAUCAGCUGGAUGAGUGCACACACGUGAAACCUGUGGUGCAGAAGUAUUGUCUAAUGAGUGCCAAGGAUUCUUACACGGACUUUCAUAUCGAUUUUGGUGGGACUUCGGUGUGGUAUCAUGUCCUCAAGGGCGAGAAAAUCUUUUACCUUGUGUGUCCAUCAGACCGCAAUUUGAAGGCUUACUGUAAUUGGAUCAGGCAACCUACUUCUAGUGAGCAGUUUUUUGGAAACUUGGCUGACCGGUGUUACAAACUAACAUUGAAGACGGGACAGACUCUUUUUAUCCCAACUGGAUGGAUACAUGCUGUGCUCACACCAGUUGACUCACUUGUGUUUGGUGGCAACUUCUUGCAUAAGCUGAACAUACAGCUGCAACUUAGAAUUUAUGAAAUGGAAUGUUGGCUCAAUGUUCCCAACAAGUUUCGUCAUCCAAGCUACGAGACACUGAACUGGUAUGCAGCUCAACAUUUACUAGAAGAUCUAAAAGGACUUUAUGACUGUGGUGAAGCAGCUCCAUCAUACUUGCUGAAUGGUCUGGAAGCAAUGGCAGAGGCUUUUCAACGAUGGACUAGGACAGAGGAUAAUGCUGGAACGGAUUCUGCCCAACAUAGGGAUCAAAUUCCAGAUGCUAUAUCUCCCGGCUUAUUCAUCAAAGACAUACGACGGCAGCUGAAAUAUGCUUAUAAAUUGCAAGAGCGAGCAAGAGUUCCACGCCCUCAUUCAAGUCCAUUGAAGAUGACCAUACCCAAGUCAGUUACUUCAAGUUGGAAGAGUGGUCUAGAUGCGCCUCUUCAAAUGAAACGAAAACGUAAUUCACCAAUUAAAUCAGGCAUGAAACUUAGCUUGACCAAUGGGAAGAUUGUGAAGAAGAGCCGGGUGGAGCAGUCUGAUGGCGAUGGCGAUGAACAGUUGCCACUAACGCUAAAGCUUGUAGGUUAUCCUCGUGGUGGCCAGGUAGUGAGAAUUAAGAAAUCGUCUGAUGGUGAAGAUGUAGAUGUGGAAGAUGAAUCGGUUAGCAGUGUCAUGCAACUGCAUACAUCUGACACCCAAAUGGGAGAACGACGGACCUCGGCUAUUCAAAGGGAUGACAACUUUGUUUAUGGAACUGAUAACGCUGAUGUAGAGGCAACAGAUACUGCACUAGCGAAACAGGCUCGCCUUUCUAACGACAAGGCCUGGAACCCAAAAGGUAAACGACAUGAAUCGACUCACUCAUUAUCACAACCGAUCACCGAUCCUUCUUACAACCCUGUCAAACAUCUUCAAUCAACAGCAAAACAGAGACGACCAAAGAAAGGACUUGGAACAGCCAAGCAACGGCUGGGACGAAUUCUUAAACUUGACCGGACUGGCCGAUUAUAGGCACUACCACACAUGGUUUGCAUGUACAGAAGAAGGACACAAGGUACCACAAACAGUAUGAAUGUCACCACUCUGGUGGCAAACAUGGAUGCAACUCAUUUUUCCGAGAUGAAUAUUUUGUUUAGUUUGAUUUUUUGCGACAUCGUAUUUGUUUGUACCCGCUUGGCCCUUACCACCACCAUUUUGUACAUAAUAUCGGAGUCUACUGUCAUGGCUUUUCGAAAAUAAAUGCAACAUUAGACUUUCGUUUGCCAUGCCAAGGAGAUAUGGGAGACAUACGACCAAGUGAUUCUAUC